UGAACAAAGAACAAAGUUAAGAGACAAACUUGUAACUCAAAUUUUUUAGAUUGGUUAAUUAGUAAUUAUUUAUAGAGAUGUCAAAUGUAUUGAUUAAUCAAAAGAUUAUUCCACACACUCAAAACUAGGUCGGUUUCUCCCCGCCAUUUCAUCAACGUUCGUCUCCCUUUCCCAAAUUACCCUUCUAAAUUCCCCAUUAUUUAGAAAUAAACCCACCAAACCCUCUCUCGCUCAUUCAAAAUUCAUCCCCGAUUUCCCCUUUCCACAUUCCCCACUCGUACAAUUCGGUUUCCACUUCUCUAAAUCUUACGAAUCUUCCAAUUAAAUUACCAGAAAAUAAUGCCGGUGAAUCUGACGGCGAACGCCAUAACGGCGAUUAACGACGGCGACGUUAAUUUGAAGCCGCUGGUGCAGGUGUUGGACAUCAAGCUCAUCGGCUCCACGCAGGAGCGCUACCGCCUCCUCCUCUCCGACUCGGUGGAGACGCAGCACGCAAUGCUCGCCACUCAGCUUAAUGACCGAGUCAAGACAGGCCGAGUCCGCAAGGGAUCUGUUAUCCAGCUCAUCGAGUACAUAUGUAGCACCGUCCAAAACCGCAAGAUUAUUGUGGUACUAAACAUGGAAACGAUUAUUCCAGACUGCGAUAUAAUUGGUAAUCCAAAAGGAUUGCCUGAGCUUGAUUCAGUGCCUCCAAAGCCAACUCCUGGUACAACUUCUGGACCUCCAUCAUCGAUAAACAAUAACAACGUUGCUGCUCAAAAUUUACGGACAAGCUUUGGCCAUGGCAAAUCAAGUUUCCAAAAUCAAGGCAGUAACACGCAGAGUUUCCGUCCAACUGUUCAGCCCCCAUACCAACCCCCUCCAAAUUACAAAAAUCACGGGGCAAUAAUGAGGAACGAGGCUCCAGCUCGCAUUAUCCCUAUCGCUGCUUUGAAUCCUUAUCAAGGUCGAUGGGCUAUCAAAGCAAGAGUGACAGCAAAGGGAGAUCUCAGACGUUACAAUAACGCAAGAGGAGAUGGGAAAGUAUUUUCCUUCGAUCUUCUCGACUCAGAUGGAGGGGAAAUUAGGGUAACAUGCUUCAAUGCUGUGGUUGACCGAUUUUACGAAACUAUCGAAGUUGGAAAAGUCUAUGUGAUAUCAAAAGGUAGCUUAAAGCCUGCCCAGAAGAAUUUCAACCAUCUAAAGAAUGAGUGGGAAAUAUUCCUUGAGACAACAUCGUCGGUGGAUCUUUGUCCAGACGAAGAUGCUUCGAUACCAAGGCAGCAGUUUUCUUUCCGGCCUAUAAGUGAAAUCGAAAACGCUGAAAGCAAUUCUAUACUUGAUAUAAUUGGCAUUGUGGUAACUGUCAACCCUUCUGUUCCUAUAAUGAGAAAGAACGGAAUGGAAACACAAAGGAGAAUUCUGAACUUGAAGGACCAAUCAGGGAGCAGCAUCGAGUUGACACUAUGGGGAGAGUUCUGCAAUCGGGAAGGACAACAAUUGCAAGAAACCACAGACACUGGGAAUUUCCCGAUUUUAGCCGUCAAAGCUGGAAAAGUCAACGACUUCAGUGGGAAGUCAAUCGGCACCAUAUCCGCCACUCAGCUAUUCAUAAAUCCAGAUUUCCCAGAGGCACACGCUUUAAGAGACUGGUUUGACCAAGGUGGAAAAGACACUGCUUCUCACUCAAUAUCUCGAGAUUUUGUACCUGGAGGAACGAAGAAUGAUGUGCGCAAGAAUUUGACUCAGAUAAAAGACGAAGGGCUUGGAAGGUCCGACAAACCAGACUGGAUCACAGUUAAGGCGACCAUAUCUUUCAUUAAAACAGACAGUUUCUGUUACACUGCUUGCCCUUUGACGAUCGGCGAUAGGCAGUGUAGUAAGAAAGUGACGAAAUCUGGAAACUCUCGAUGGAUGUGUGACAGGUGUAAUCAAGAAUUCGAAGAGUGUGAUUAUAGGUACCUUCUACAAGUCCAGGUUCAGGAUUAUAGUGGGCUGACUUGGGUGACUGCUUUCCAAGAAACUGGCGAAGAGAUUUUGGGUUGCUCGGCAAAAGAGCUGUACGCGUUGAAAUACGAAGCGCAGGAUGAUGUCAGAUUCGGUGAAAUUAUUCGCAACUGUCUUUUUGCGGAGUUUCUUCUCAAGCUUAAAAUCAAAGAGGAGACGUACGGUGAUGAACAGAGGGUGAAGAUCACUGUUGUCAAGGCGGAUAAAGUUAACUAUUCCGAUGAGAGUCGAUUUCUGUUCGAUAUGGUCUCGAAGUUUCAUUUGCGGUGAGUAAUAUAUAAUGGAGGCAGUGCUUUUUUCUAUUUUAUUUACUAGAAAUAUUUCAGGCCUUAUUAUAAUUGAAGCAUCAGUUCAAAUUUGUUAUUAUACAUUAGAUUGUAUACACUGGCCAUAGAUAUGUAAUUCAUGUAAUAUUUUCUCUGCCUUAGAUUUUAUUCCGCAUCUGUUUUCUUCAUGCUUU